UCUUACACACUUCUAUAUUUCUUUUCCCCGCAUUUCCUGCGCUAUUUCUGACGUGAAGGACAAACUCAUUCUGAACGCCCAACUGACCCCUUCAGGAAAAGGAAAUACUUGGAUCGAAAGCAAAAGUUUAAAUUUAAUGGAUGAGAAGACGCCAUUUCGGAGACUCUCACAAAUAUUACACUUUACGGUCAGUUAUUUGCUUCUGAUUUCAUGUCGUGUGUGUAUUAUUAUCGCAUGUGCUUUAGAUCCGUGUAUCUUUGGCUUAUUUGAUGGCUCGGUUUUGUUUGCAAAACAGAAUGGCCACUAAACCACCUUUCUUUUUUUUUUGUACACAAAGAUAGUCAAAGGCACUUCCUUUAUAUGAAAUGAAGGUUUGUGGGUUUGAUCAGACUGUAUUCAAUUAUAUUAUAAUUAUAUUAUUUUUUUUACAGCGUUGAAGUAUAUCAUAUUGGCCUAUUUUAUAAGAAUUUAUAAGAAUUUUUAUUAUUACAUUGCAUAUAAUUCCAAGUGAAAAAGUGUGUCAGGCUUAAACUGUAAGUGACAUGAGCAAAAGAGAAUUAAAUUGAAUCGUUUACUGUCAUUAUUUGUAUAAUUAAUCAUCAGCAGGAAAUUCAUGAUCAUAUUAUAUAUAUAUAUAUAAUGAGUCAAAAUCAAAAUGUAUUAUCUUUUAUUGGAAAAUUAAAUAGCAUUUUAUCAAAGUUUGAUAAUUGCCCUAAUCUUUUAAGAAAGUGAUCAAACUACGUUUUAUAAAAAUAAUCUGUCAAGUUUAUAAUACAGUAUAUUACAUUAGCAUAUGAGAGUCAGAUUGGACGAUGACAGGGUCUUGUUUCAAGAUCACUCAUCUAUUGCCAGGGUUAUCAAGUCAAGUCACCUUUAUUUAUAUAGCGCUUUUCACAAUGCAGAUUGUGUCAAAGCAGCUUUACAGUGAUAACUGGUAUAUUUUUUUUGCUGCAUAGCAGCUCUAGAAGAAAAUGGCAUCAUUGUCCAGCUUAAGUAAAUUCAGCAUUCAUUCAUUCUGUUGUAAAAAUCAAUAAUUAGUUAAUUUGUCUAUAUAUCAGCUCUGGAGAAAACAGUUCAGUUCUCAUACAAUAGUGUCAAUGCAGGCAGAUCAAAGCACUGUUGAAUAUCAAAUAUCAAGUGUCCCCAACUAAGCAAGCCAAAGGCGACAGCGGCAAGGAGCCCAAACUCCAACAGGUGACAUCAGGUGGCAAACAGGUGUUAAAAUGGAGAAAAAAACCUUGGGAGAAACCAGGUUCAGUCGGGGGGCCAGUUCUCCUCUGGCCAACAGCGAACAGUGCUUUAUUAUGAUUCAGGCAGCUAUCAUAAAUCUGAUUGGGAUCGCAACAGUCAAAGUAUUUAUUCCAGUUCCAUCUAGUUGAAGAUCGUAUUCAUCACGCCGGUAUGGGACGGAUUUGGUGGGAAUCUGUGCCACUCGCUGUCGUGUCGAUGAGGCCUUCACAGGCGUAGAUCUAGUUGACACAAUCUCUGCUGACACUUCAGAGCUGCGUUGUCGUUGUGUCAAGGCGCAGGUCCUCGAUCUCACCUGGAUACGGUCCGGAUACGGCUGACUGCGGUAAACCUCGGGAUAAACAGAGAGACUAAUAUUAGCGUAGAUGCCAUUCUUCUUCUGAUGUAACGAGUAAGUGUCAAAUCAAGAAUGGCAGGAGCAGAAUGUGUAGUUCGUGCACACAUGGGGCCCUGCGGCUACAGCAAACACAAGGGACUCCUUUCACAACGUUUUAUACCGCAGGAAUAAUUAGUAUAUAAAAAAUCAUAUCUUCUUUGUAUCUAUAUAAAAAUAUUCCAGACUGAAACAUUAAAAGCAUAAAUGUUAGUCGGGCCGACACCAACAACAACGUGUAACCAAUCAGCAUUAGGGGGCAUAUGACGGUCGAGGAGAGAGAACGAGCAAGAGGGAGAUUUGAAUAUAAGAAAAAAAAAACUGCAGAAUGACAGUGUAACGACUCAGAAGUGUGUUGAUCCAUUUGCAGUUUAUUCAACAACAAGGGCAGUACAGGAAUCAUAAACCAGGUAACAGGCAGAGGGUCGAGGCAGGCAGCAGACAGGGAUAAACAAUAGCAGGCAGUCAAAAGGCAGGCAGCAAGAAUCAUAGUCCAGAAUAACAGUCCAAUCGAUAACAGGCAAACAAACAGGAAUAAACGCUCAGAAAUGAUAACCGUGGCUGAUCAAGACUUCGCAGAGAACUGCGUGUGAGUGCGUGUUUUAUAGAGUAUGGUAAAUGGGAAGAUGGCCGUCAGGUGCGUGCGCGAUCAGUCCCAGGUAUGCGGGUGUGGGGAAAUGUAGUCCAAAUGGAAACUAGUACUAGGGACAGGGCUCCCUCUGGCCCGCUGGGAGAUCUGGUGCAGGAGCUUCAAUCGUGACAGACAGAUGGGACACAAUACAAAAGCUCAAAAGAAUAUCACUGGAAUGAAGGUUUAUGACUGGGCAAGAUCUUUAGGACCCGUGUUUAUAUUAGAAAAGCUUUCCAGCGCUGGAGAGAGCUAAGGCCUGAAAACAGACGUGGAGGCUGCUUUGAUUCCUUCUCAUGUGAGUAACACUUGCUUUUGAUUGUCUGGAGCUGCUGUGCUGUUUGCGACUAACAAAGAACUCGUUUGUAUUUACUCGUGUGUACUGUACGUUUAUUUUUUGUGCUUCCUUGUCGUUCGUUCAUCAACUGCGCUUUAUUUUUCGUGAAGCAUUGUGUUGCAUGUCAGCUGUGAUAAACAGACAUCCACUCACAUUGCGUGUGUGACAGCGGCCAAAUAGUGAGAGUUCUGCAGUUAAACUACUGCACACUGACGCCAGCUAGAGAAUGAGGUGUUUAGUGUCAUUGGUUGUGCACUCGCCUCUUAUUCCAGCAGCGAUCAGGCCGGGGUUUGAGGCCGACUCGAAGCAGGGUGGUUAGGAUUGGAGUGUGAGUUUUGGAGGCGGAGCAAUGAAGACAGGGAGUUUCACUAGCAAAGCAACAGGACUCGUGUUUGCCUGACCAUGACACACAUUGUUUGACUAAAUCAGAGGAAUGUUUCACACUGCGGUUAAAGUGAAAAGGCCAGGUGUCAGUUCCUCAAUAUGGAGAAAAGAGAGAAAGUUGCAUCUAAAAUGAUGCAGGAGACUCAGAGAUCUUCAUCUCCAGAACCCAGCUGUGUGUCUCCGAAGAGUGACAAAGCACUGCAUCAUCCUCCUGAUCUCAGUGAUGAACCAGUGACCUCUGACCCCAGCAGAGGGAGUCAGAGAGCUUCAUCUCCAGAGCCCAGCUGUGUGUCUCUGAAGAGUGACAAAUCACUGCAUCAUCCUCUUGAUCUCAGUGAUGAACCAGUGACCUCUGACCCAAUCAGUGUCUAUGGAGAUUAUUGGACUGGAGACCAGGAUUCUCCUCAACCAGUGAAUGAUGAACUACAGAGAGUCAAAGACCGACACAAAACCAGCAUGAAGAACAAGUAUGAGAGAUUAUUUGAGGGACUGAAACUCCAAGAGAAUGAAACCCUCCUGAACAGGAUCUACACACAGCUCUACAUCAUAGAGGGAGAGAGUGAAGGAGUGAAUGAAGAACAUGAGGUUUUACAGAUAGAGAAAACAGCCAGAACACAACACUCACAAGACACUCCAAUCUACUGCAAUGACAUCUUUAAAGCCUCACCUGAACUAGGAUGUGAGGAGAAACACCAGAUCAAGACUGUUCUUACUAAAGGCAUCGCUGGAAUUGGAAAAACCGUCUCUGUGCAGAAGUUCAUUCUGGACUGGGCAGAGGGAAAAGCCAAUCAGGAUGUAGAUUUCAUGUUUGUGCUCCCAUUUCGAGAGCUGAACUUGAUCCGAGAUCAUCAGUACAGUCUUCACAGGCUUCUGCUGGACUUUCAUCCUGAACUUCAAGAUCUGGACUCAAAGAUUUAUGAGGAGAGUAAAGUUGUGUUCAUUUUUGAUGGUCUGGAUGAAAGCAGAAUCACAGAAUUUUCAGAUGAAUUUUCAGAUACUCAGAAAGUUUCUGAUGUGACUGAGACUUCAUCAGUGGGUGUUUUGAUGUCAAAGCUUAUGAAAGGAGAGCUGCUUCCCUCUGCUCUCAUCUGGAUUACCUCCAGACCAGCAGCAGCCAGUCAGAUCCCCUCCAAAUACAUCAACCGUCUGACAGAAAUUCAGGGAUUUAAUGAGCCUCAGAAAGAGGAAUAUUUCAGGAAGAGAAUCAGUGAUGAGCAUCAAGCCAGCAGAAUCAUCUCACACAUCAGAAGAGCAAGAAGCCUCCACAUCAUGUGCCACAUACCAGUCUUCUGCUGGAUCUCAUCCACUGUGCUUCAAAAGCUCCUGAAAGAAGAUCUGAGUGCAGAAAUCCCUCAAACUCUGACUGAAAUGUACAUCCACUUCCUGCUGAUUCAGAUCAACAUGAGGAAUCAGAAGUAUGAAGAGAAAAAAACAAAAGAACUCCUCAAGUCUAACAGAAAAGUGAUUGUGAAACUUGCUCAAGUGGCUUUCAAACAGCUGAUGAAGGGCAAUGUGAUGUUCUAUGAGGAGGACCUGAGAGAGAGCGGCAUAGAUGUCACUGAUGCCUCAGUGUAUUCUGGGAUUUGCACUGAGAUCUUGAUUCAUCAGAGGAAAGUCUACAGCUUCAUUCAUCUGAGCAUUCAGGAGUUUCUUGCUGCUUUCUAUGUGUUUUACUCACAUUUGGUCAAGAACAAAGAGCCACUGCAUGAAUUCAGAUAUUACAUAUUGAAUCAAGCCUCACUGGAUGAUCUACUAAGAUCAGCAGUAGAUGAAGCCCUCUGGAGUAAGAAUGGACAGCUGGAUCUAUUCCUGCGGUUCCUGCUGGGCAUCUCACUGGAGUCAAAUCAGAGACUCUUACAGGAUCUACUGACACACACAGAGAACAGCUCAGAAAGCAUCAGGAAAACUACACAAUACAUUAAAGGCAAGAUCAAAGAUAAAUUUAAUCGUUAUCAUCUCUCAGCUGAUACAUCUAUGAAUCUGUUUCUCUGUCUGCUGGAAAUGAAAGAUCAGACUCUGUCCAGAGACAUUCAGGAGUUUGUGAAAUCAGAGAAACAUUCAGAGGAGAAACUCUCUCCUGCUCACUGCUCAACAAUCGCCUACAUGAUUCAGAUGUCAGAAGAGGUGCUGGAUGAGCUGGACACCACAAAAUACAACACAUCAGAUGAGGGUAGAAGAAGACUGAUACCAGCUGUGAUCAACUGCAGAAAAGCGCACCUUACUGGCUGUAAUAUUACUGGUCAGGAUUGUGAAAUUAUUACAUCAGCUCUUCAAUCCUCAAACUGUGUCCUGAGAGAGCUGGAUCUGAGUAACAAUCACCUGCAGGAUUCAGGAGUGAAGCUGCUCUCUGAUGUACUGAAGAGUCCAAACUGUCAGCUGCAGAUACUGAGGUUGUCUGGCUGUAUGAUGACAGAGGAAGGCUGUGGUUAUGUGUCUUCAGCUCUGAGUUCAAAUCCGUCACGCCUGAGAGAGAUGGAUCUGAGUAACAAUGAUCUGCAGGAUUCAGGAGUGAAGAUUAUUUCUGAUGGACUGAUAAACCCAAACUGUCAGCUGCACAUACUGAGGUUGUCUGGCUGUAUGAUGACAGAGGAAGGCUGUGGUUUUGUGUCUUCAGUUUUGAGUUCAAACCCCUCACACCUGAGAGAACUGGAUCUGAGUAACAAUGACCUGCAGGAUUUAGGAGUGAAGAUUAUUUCUAAUGGACUGCUAAGCCCAAACUGUCAGCUGCACAUACUAAGGUUGUCUGGCUGUAUGAUGAGAGAGGAAGGCUGUUGUUAUUUGUCUUCAGCUCUGAGUUCAAACCCCUCACACCUGAGAGAGCUGGACCUAAGCAACAAUGACCUGCAGGAUUCAGGAGUGAAGAUUAUUUCUGAAGGACUGAAGAGUCCAAACUGUCAGCUGCAGAUACUGAGGUUGUCUGGCUGUAUGGUGACAGAGGAAGGCUGUGGUUAUGUGUCUUCAGCUCUGAGAUCAAACCCCUCACACCUGAGAGAGCUGGAUCUGAGCUACAAUCACCCAGGAGAUCCAGGAGUGAAGCUGCUUUCUGACAAAUUGAAGGACUGCUCACUGCAGAUACUCAAUGUGGAUCAUUGUGGAGAAUUCAGAAUUAAAGCAGGACCACAAAAAUGGGCCUGUGAUCUCACACUGGAUCCAAACACAGCACACACUGAACUCAUCCUGUCUGAUGAAAACAGGAAGAUCACAAAUAUGAGAACGAAGCAGCCAUAUCCUGAUCAUCCAGAGAGAUUUGAUGAGUAUCCUCAGGUUCUGUCUCGAGAGAGUCUGACUGGACUCUGUUACUGGGAGGCUGAAUGGAGCAGAGGUGCUGUUAUAUCAGUGACAUAUAAAGGAAUCAGCAGCAAAGGAUUGAUUGAAGACUGUAUGUUUGGAUGGAAUGACAAAUCCUGGAGUCUGGAGUGCUUUAAUACAAAUUUCUAUGUCCGUCACAAUACGAACAGCACUUAUAUACCUGUCGAUCGUUCAUCCUCUACUAGAGUAGGAGUGUAUGUGGAUGUGUCGGCCGGCACUCUGUCCUUCUACAGCGUCUCUGACACACACACACUCACACACUUACACACAUUCAACACCACAUUCACUGAACCCCUCUAUGCUGGAUUUAGGGUUGAUUAUUAUAAAUCCUCAGUGUGUCUGUGUGACAUUAAACAGCCUCCUGUGAGAAACAACAGUGAUACACACAAAACCAGUGUGGAUCAUUGUGGAGAGUUCAGACGUACAGCAGGACUACACAAAUAUGCCUGUGAUCUCACACUGGAUCCAAACACAGCAAACUCUUAUCUCAUUCUGUCUGAUGAGAACAGGAAGGUGACUCGUGUGUUUCAGCAUCAGUCGUAUCCUGAUCAUCCAGAGAGAUUUGCUGAUGUUCCUCAGGUUCUGUGUGGAGAGAGACUGACUGGACUCUGUUACUGGGAGGCUGAAUGGAGCAGAGGUGCUGAAAUAUCAGUGACAUAUAAAGGAAUCAGCAGGAAAGGAGAGAGUGACUGUAUGUUUGGAUACAAUGACAAAUCCUGGAGUCUGGAGUGCUCUAAUAACAGUUUCUCUGUCCGUCACAAUAAGAACAGCACUUGUAUACCUGUCAACCGUUCGUCCUCUAAGAGAGUAGGAGUGUAUGUGGACGUGUCGGCCGGCACUCUGUCCUUCUACAGCGUCUCUGACACUCACACACUCACACACUUGCACACAUUCAACACCACAUUCACUGAACCCCUCUAUGCUGGAUUUGGGGUUCAUUAUUAUAAAUCCUCAGUGUGUCUGUGUGACAUUAAACAGCCUCCUGUGAGAAACAACAGUGAUACACACACAACCGGGUUCUCUGACUCCAAACCUUCUGGCCUCAAUAUUCACCCACUGCUGAACUGUCAGUCUUGUGUCCAUAUAGCUGAUUCUGAUCAGUGGGUUCAGAUUGAGCUGUCCGCCUGUACAGAUGAAGGAGGGUCAAAGUUCAGGGUCAGCACUGACCCAGGCCGUUACGAGUGUGUCAGGACCAGAAUGCGAUGGGUCUGUGACUGUGACGUCACCCUUCAGUACUGCACCGUAGACGGACACUUCCUCAACACAGAGCUGGAGAGGCUGCAGUGCAACCGGAUCGGUCCAGUGAUUGACGUGACGGUGAUCUCAGGGAAACUGGAGGAAGUUCAUCUGCCCCAUUACGCCUGUUUAGGAGAGUCUGACCCCUCUCUCAAAGAUGCUGUGAAAGUCCUCAGCGUAAAAGACGAGGGAAUAACCACAGAACCUGUGCAGUUGACCCGAUUCCAUGCUAAGAUUGUCCAACCAUCCUUCUCUCUUAAAACAUUAAUAAUAAGUUGGAUAAUGCAAGUGGACGAACACUGCGAUCUUCUUCUCUACAUGUUUUCUAAAGUUCCUCUCAUUCUACAUGUCUACUUUUUUCCAUUUGAUGAGUGUGUGAAAGAAAAAGUUGAGAAGGAGGAAAAAUCAAGGUCAUCAUGCAUCAUCAUGCAUCCCAGACCUGACAGACCAUUUCGGAUGAAAACGCCACACAUUCUUGACAUUCCUGGUUCCUCUAUCCAUCCCAAAGAAGGGAUCACACUCAGAAGAGAAACUCCCCCAAACUACUUCAAAGUCACGACACGUCUGGAGAAUGAUCUUCAAAUGACUCUUACAAGAAAGGAGGAUAAGGAGGAGGUCUGGACUGCAACAAUUUUGAAAGAUGAACUUGAUCAGAUUCAUCCUAAGAGAGACGAGCCGCGUCUGAGUAGCGUGGCAGUGCAGAUGAGCAGUAACACUCCCACUGGAGUCAGUGUUGAUGUAACAGCUGACACAGGUGCAAGUGUAAAUGCUCCUGUACUCACUAGAAACACUAUCACGGGCCCAGUAAUCAUCAACUACAGCUCAAACCCUGCAGUACACAAUACACCAACAAGGAUCAAUGAAGGUUCAACUACAGAGGACAGUAAAUCUGAAAACUGAAAACAUCAUCCGUCACAUCCAGGAUCCUUCAGGAUCCUACAUUCAGGAUCCAGGAAAUCCAGGAGCCUGUACAUCAUGUGCCACAUCUUACUUUCUUACACAUUCUUACUUUCUUAGAAGCAACAAAUGAAAACAAAAUACCAUGAUCAUCCUGCACCUAAGCCCAAAGCCAAGUCUUUCGAUCAGAUUCUUCUGAAGCUUGGGAAACUGGCCUUUAAACAGCUGGAGAAAGGUAAUCUGAUUUUCUACAAAGAAGAUCUUGAGGAGUGUGGACUAGACAUCAGUGAAGGGUCGGUGUACUCUGGGUUAUUCACUCAGAUUUUUCAAAUUAAAAAGAUUUAAGAUUCGAGGAACGAUUUCCUGUAAAACAGCAAAUGUCAUUUAUAUGUUACAUUGCCCUUGUGGAUUUUAGUGGACAAAACAAGCAGACAGCCUAAAACUCGUGUUGCUGAACAUCGAAGUGCCAUUAGGCAUCAUGACCCUAGAAGUCCAGUGGCACAACACUUUUUUAAGUUGAGACAUUAGAUUUCAACUUUGCAGUACGUUGGCAUUGAAGCUGUUAAACUACCUGGAAGAGGGGGUGAUAUAUAUAAAAAAAGAUUUUAAAACGGAUUUACACUUUGAAUACAUUAUAACCUAAUGGUCUCACUGAAGAAUUUGAUAUUCGGCCUUUUCUUUAAUUAUGUUAUUGAUCAGUAUGUGUGGAUUUAUUGCAUUAUGUUCGUUAUGUUGUUGGUAUUUUCUUUCGUUUUCUUGCCAUUUUCUGAUUGAAAUUUUUUGAUUGAUUCAUAUUUUUUUGCAGUCAGGUAUUUCUUGAUAUGUAUAUGUUUGUUUUCAGUUAAUUGAUGUUUUCACUUUUAUUCUAGUUAUGUGAUUUGUUUGUUGCCCUUUUUUUUUGUCAUGUGGGAUCAUGUGAUCUAGGUUUGUGUGUAUAAGGGCUUAUCAGUGUAUGGCUGCGUCCAAAAUCACAUACUCUAUUGAGUAGGUAAUUAUUUUGAAUAAGUAAUUACUUCACAGCCGCUCUAUAUAUGUUCUAUAUAGUAUGAAUGUAAUCUGGACAUAAAACAUUCGCCAUGUUGUCAUUAUCAUGUGACCUACCAGCACCAGUUACAUCACUUCACUGCCAUUCAUAUAUCCUCUCCCGUGGCCUCAUGGGAUAGUAAAGUGUCCAUCAUAUGCAAAUUUCAGAAUCUCGCCAGAAGUAGAAGGUCAUCCGGGUACGUUUUGAUACUGUUUUAUGAGUACUGUGAAUUCAGACACACUUCUUUUGUCUCACACUGUUUUUUACCUACUCUAUAGUAGGGAAGUAUGUGAUUUCGGAUGCAGCUCUUGUGUUCAUUGUCUGAUGAAGAGCCAUUAGGCUCGAAGCACCACCUGUGGUGAGAACAUAAAAUAAAUAUUUUUCUAUUUUUGGUGAGCCAACUUUUCUCUACAUAAAGUAUGAAAUGCAGAAUUUUACUAAAAAGGAUAGUUGUGGCAAAAACAAUCCAGGUCUUUUUUAUGUGAUAAUAUUCCUCUGCAAAAACACAAAGUUUGAUAAACUGUAAUGAGAAAUAAUUUUCUAAUAAAAGUUUUUUUUGUAAACUUUA